GCUACAUUGACUGUGGUUUACACCAUAACCUAAUUUCUCUCUCUUACAUCUUUGCUUAAGCUUUCAUACUCUUUUUUUUCUUAGCAAUGGCAAACGGAAAGAUCAAAAUCGGAAUCAACGGAUUCGGUAGAAUUGGUCGUUUGGUGGCUAGAGUUGCUCUACAGAGAGAUGAUGUUGAACUAGUUGCAGUGAAUGAUCCAUUUAUUUCCACUGAUUACAUGACAUAUAUGUUUAAGUAUGAUUCAGUACAUGGACAAUGGAAGCAUCAUGAGCUAAAGGUCAAGGAUGAGAAGACACUUCUCUUUGGAGAGAAGGCUGUUACAGUUUUUGGAAUCAGGAACCCUGAAGAUAUCCCAUGGGGUGAAGCUGGUGCUGACUUCGUUGUUGAAUCAACCGGUGUCUUCACUGACAAGGACAAGGCUGCUGCUCACUUGAAGGGUGGUGCCAAGAAGGUUGUGAUCUCUGCUCCUAGCAAAGAUGCUCCCAUGUUUGUUGUGGGUGUCAACGAGAAUGAAUACAAGCCAGAGCUGGACAUUGUCUCCAAUGCUAGUUGCACAACGAACUGCCUUGCACCUUUGGCUAAGGUUAUCAAUGAUAGGUUUGGCAUUGUUGAGGGUCUCAUGACCACUGUCCACGCCAUGACUGCCACCCAGAAAACUGUUGAUGGUCCAUCCAUGAAGGACUGGAGAGGUGGAAGAGCUGCUUCAUUCAACAUCAUCCCUAGCAGCACUGGUGCAGCCAAGGCUGUUGGAAAAGUGCUCCCACAACUUAACGGCAAAUUGACUGGAAUGGCCUUCAGAGUACCAACUGCUGAUGUCUCCGUUGUCGAUCUUACUGUAAGACUCGAGAAAGAAGCCUCCUAUGAAGACAUUAAGGCUGCAAUCAAGGAGGAAUCAGAGGGUAAAUUGAAGGGUAUCUUGGGAUACACUGAAGAUGAUGUGGUUUCCACAGACUUUGUUGGUGACAGCAGGUCAAGCAUUUUUGAUGCCAAGGCUGGAAUUGCUUUGAGCAAGAAUUUUGUGAAAGUUGUGUCAUGGUAUGACAACGAAUGGGGUUACAGUUCCCGUGUGAUUGAUUUGAUCUGCCAUAUGGCUAAGGCUUGAUUGAUGCUGCUGGGGAGCAAAAGACAGCAAUGUGUUUUAGUUUUUGCUUGGAAGUACUAUUAGUUUUGUGGGCCUGGAGUGGUCUUUCUUGUUUAUGUGUAAUUGAAUAACCAGAGAAGAACGGAACCCUGUUGUUAUCUUUGAGGAAAUCUUUUUUAUUGUUUGACUUUGUCAUGAAUGAAACAAUCAAACUUUACUUUUC